AUGAUAGACGCUGGAAAGCUGCAAGAGUACGUGAAAAAGGAUUUAGGGAAAGGCUCGGGACAAUUUAGCACACCACAUGUUAUUAAUGUCAGUCACGCCAGGAUCUACUUAAUGACCAGACGGGCAUCAGAAGAUGAGACCAGGAGAAAGCCCGGGCAACUAAAGGAAUGGUACGUGACAAAUCAUGUCGAUUUUGUCAGUGGAAAUGGAAUAGAAAUCCUGGAGCUUGGAUGCACAAAGAUCGAGUUCUCUGAAGAAGACAUGAUAUGUGUAUAUUCUCCUCACAAUGAUGCUAUCGUUAUAACAUCUUGGACUGGUAUGUUCCGUGUACACCGUAUUCUAGUGGAUACGGGAAGCUCAGUGAGCGUGCUGUUUUUAGGAGCCUAUUCCUGUAUGAAUCUCUCACACGACUUGUUUGAGGAGGACGAAAAUCCAAUUAUCAGCUUCAGUGGUGAUGUUACAAAGACGAUUGGGAAAUUAAAGAUGCCUAUAACAAUGACUGAAAAGUUCGUUCUGGGAAGUUUCUUGUUGCUGGAUUGUCGUGCUCCCUAUAAUGCGAUCGUAGGACGAGACUGGCUGCAUGCGAUCGGUGCAGUCACAUCCUCGUAUCAUCAAUGCCGGAAGUUUAUUACUCCUGAAGGGGUCGUGAAGGUUAGAAGCGGCCAGAUGGCCGCCCACAAGUGUCAUGGGAAUGCUAUGGAUGAAUAUAGGAAAUCAGAAGUUAGCGGGCAACAUAUCCUGAGAGUAGAACAAAAAUAG